AUGUCGCGGCAACUCCCUCCCGGUGUCAAGACCUUUGGUCCCAACGCCACCUGCAACCUCGACAACUGCCCUAUCGAAUGGAGCAUCUACGGCUUCCGGCCGUCUCUGGCCGCUAACACGACCUUUCUGGUGCUCUUCGCCCUGGUCGGCAUCAUUCACACGUACCUGGGCAUCCGAUGGAAGAGCUGGGGGUUCAUGACGGGCAUGAUCCUGGGCUGCAUGAGCGAAGUGAUUGGGUACAUUGGCCGCAUCAUGCUCUGGAACAAUCCCUUUUCGUUUGUCGGCUUCAUGGUCCAGAUCGUCUGCCUGACCAUCGCGCCCGUCUUCUACACGGCAUCCAUCUACGUGACGCUCUCCAAGACCAUCGUGUACUUUGCGCCCGACCUGUCGCGGUUCAAGCCGCAGCUGUUCUACUGGAUCUUCAUCCCCUUUGACGUGGUCUGUCUGGCGCUGCAGGCGGCGGGCGGCGCCAUGUCGACCAACUCGGACGGAGACAACCAGACGGGCGUGGACGUGUCCAUGGCGGGCCUGGCGCUGCAGGUCAUCGUCCUGACUGCCUUUGUGGCGUGCUUUGCCGACUACAUGAUCCGCUACUGGCGCUCGGGCCGGUCGUCGGGCUUCGGGUGGCGCCUCACGGCCUUCUUCCUGGGCCUGUCGGGGUCGGUGCUGCUCAUCCUGGCCCGUUGCGCCUACCGUGUGGCCGAGCUCCGAGACGGCUACGACGGCGAGCUCAUCAAGGAGGAGGCGCCCUUCAUCGUGCUCGAGGGCGUGCUGAUUGUCCUGGCGUCGCUGGCCCUGUGCUUCGGCCACCCGGGCCUCGUCUUCGGUCGGGACGAGCCGCGCAAGCGAUCGCACGACAGCGAGGAGAGCGGCACGGAGACUACGGAGCGCAAGUGA